GAUGAUGGAGAUAAGAUGGCAGCCCAACUGAGGUUGCUGCCUCUCUGGGGUCAAGAAAUAUUCAAGGAACGUAUGAAACCGAAACACGAAAAAGCGGUUUUUGGAAAUUAACGUUGCCGUUUUUGCUAUUUUACAAGAACAUUUGUAAUGGCUUGAAAAUAUAUAUAUUUUCAGGAGACAAGCACCGUGUUGACGCUGUGGCCGGGGAUCGGAAGACCGUAGCUACGUUGUAGUUGCACCACCAGAUAGGCUACAAUUUGCGCUUAUAAUAACUGGGGACCGUGGAUGCUAAUUGUGGUAUUUCUGCAACCUGGAAUGGACAAAUAAUGUGACAUGUACCGGAUUUUACGACAAGUGGAUUGCAUCUGAUGGAUAGAUAUUGUCAAGCUGUGGUAUCUUUUGUGUGAUAUAUGCAUUGUUCUCCUAAACGAUGAUGUGUGCUGCUGCGGCAGCGGCCGCCGGUGGAGGGAUUCUGCCCUCCUCAUCGCCGUCGAUGGGGCUGGGUGUCAGGGUCAUUUCUGGAGCAGGAGCCGAUCUCUCCACCAUCGGUUCGGGAAUGGGUUCUUGUCCGACACCUGGAGCCCAGUCGGAUUGUCGGACUCGGUACCAGCUUUUACUCUCAGGGCGAGCUCUGGCCGAGAGAUACAGACGGAUCUAUACCACCGCUAUCAAUGAUAAAGAGCAAGGGAUAAAUCAAGGAAGGGGAAAGAAGGCUUUAAGUAAGAAGAAACUGAAAAGGCGACAGAGGGUCAAGUCAAAAGUCAAAUCAAGAACAAAGGCCGACAGUCUAGAUGGAGCCCUCUGUGUGCCGGACAUCAAGCUGCACAGCAACCCAUCUGCAUUCAAUGUCUACUGCAACGUCCGGCACUGUGUGCUGGACUGGCAGCAAAGAGAGGCCUCCCUUGUACUGGCCUCCAGGAGCUCGGUGCAGAGCGGCGACUCAGACAGUGAGGAGGAGGAAGAGUACCGCGAGCCAGCCGUGAAGCUGCCAAAGAUCAUUGGCAUUGGCCUGUGUGGGGUAUUUGAGCUGAUAAAAGAGACUCGGUUCUCUCACCCCUCACUGUGCCUGCGUAGCCUGCAGGCCUUGUUGGACAUGCUGCAGGGACAACAGCCUGAGGGCUUUCAGACUGAGCCUCCUGAUGUGCUGGAGUCUCUUUUCCAGUUGUUGUUGGAGACCACGGUCCGGAGCACAGGGCCCAACGACCCGACGGGACAGGCCAUCACUGCUCUGUCCUGCGCCUGCCUCUUCAGUCUGGUGGUGGCCUGGGGAGACACUGGCAAAAUCUUGCAGGCUGUCUCUGCCAUCCUCACCAACAACGGCAGCCAUGCCUGCCAGACGAUACAGGUGCCCACCAUACUGAACGCCCUACAAAGGAGUGUACAGGCUGUCCUGGUGGGAAAGAUUCAAAUCCAGGAUUGGUUUGGGAAUGGCAUCAAACGCGCGGCCCUGAUGAACAAGUGGAUCCUUAAAGAGGUGGCAAUUGACGAGGAUGAGCGCUGUCUUCUACAGACUGAUGGCUCCUUCCUGUACUUGCUCUGCAAGGAUGGACUCUACAAAGUGGGCUCUGGAUACAGUGGCACUGUCAGGGGCCACGUGUACAACUCCACGUCUCGUACCAGGAAUCGAAAGGAGAAGAGAUCAUGGCUGGGCUUUGCUCAGGGCUACUUGUUGUAUCGGGACACAAGUAACCACACAAUGUCGGCCAUCAAGAUCAACCCUGAGACUCUGGAGCAUGAGGGGACUGUCACCAUGCCAGGUCAAAAUUCAGAUGGACAAAACAUAAUUUUCACAGACGGAGAGUACAUCAACCAGAUCGCAGCCUGCAAAGAUGAUGGUUUUGUGGUGCGGAUCUAUACUAUGAGCUCAGACCCGGCCCUGCAGCAGGAACUGCAGCUGAAGCUGGCAAGGAAAUGUCUGCACGCCUGCGGCAUCUCUCUAUUUGACCUCGAGAAGGAUCUGCACAUCAUAAGCACAGGCUUUGAUGAAGAGGCAGCAUUGCUUGGAGCAGGCAGGGAGUUUGCUUUGAUGAAAACUGCUUCAGGAAAGAUUUACUACACAGGAAAGUACCAGAGCCUGGGUAUAAAGCAGGGUGGCCCAUCUGCAGGGAAAUGGGUGGAAUUACCCGUUACAAAGUCUCCCAAGAUUGUUCAGUUCUCAGUCGGCCAUGAUGGCUCUCAUGCACUGCUAGUGGCCGAAGAUGGAAGUGUGUUCUUUACAGGCUCUGCCAGCAAGGGAGAGGAUGGCGAGUCAACUAAAAGUCGCAGACAACCCAAGCCGUACAAGCCCAAGAAGAUGAUCAAAUUAGAGACCAAGACAGCAGUGUAUACAGCGUGUAACAAUGGCAGCAGCAGCAUUGUCACCAAGGAUGGAGAGCUCUACAUGUUUGGCAAAGAUGCUAUUUACAGCGACAGCACUUGCCAGGUGACAGACCUGAAAGGUCAGUCUGUAACUCAGGUUGCCAUGGGUAAGGCCCAUACAUGUGUUCUGACCAAGAGUGGGGAAGUGUGGACAUUUGGGGUUAAUAACAAGGGCCAGUGUGGCAGAGACACUGGAUCCAUGAGCCAGGCAGGGAAAGCGUUUGGUGUAGAGAGCAUGGCCACAGCCAUGGAUGAAGACCUGGAGGACGAGCUAGAAGAGAAAGAAGAGAAGAGCAUGAUGUGCCAGCCAGGCAUGCACAAGUGGAAGUUGGACCAGUGCAUGGUCUGCACGGUGUGUGGCGACUGCACUGGCUAUGGCGCCAGCUGUGUCAGCAGUGGACGGCCGGAUAGAGUACCAGGAGGUAUUUGUGGCUGUGGGUCUGGAGAGUCUGGCUGCUCAGCAUGUGGCUGUUGCAAAGCCUGUGCCAGGGAGCUGGAUGGUCAGGAGGCCAGGCAGAGAGGCAUCUUUGACGCUGUGAAGGAGAUGAUUCCACUGGACCUGCUGCUAGCUGUGCCUGUCCCUCCCCCUCCAGGAGUGAACAUCGAGGAGCACAUCCAGAUCCGUCAGGAGGAGAAGCGGCAGAGGAUCAAUCGCCGUCACAGGCUGGAAGAGGGCAGAGGCCCCCUUGUUUUUCCUGGUCCCAUUUUUAUGAACCAGCGUGAGCAGGCCCUAGCCAGAAUAAGACCCCUUCAGGCACUAAGGCAUAAACGGGACAAGCACAAAGAUGGUAGCAGUGAGCGUGGAGAAAAAGAUGCCAGCAAAAUCACCACCUACCCCCCAGGGGCAGUGAGAUUUGACUGUGAGUUGCGAGCUGUGCAGGUCAGCUGCGGUUUUCACCACUCAGUUGUGCUGAUGGAGAAUGGAGAUGUCUACACGUUUGGUUACGGCCAACAUGGGCAGCUUGGACAUGGAGAUGUAAACUCCAGGGGUUCUCCAACCCUGGUGCAGGCCCUUCCAGGUCCCAGUGUACAGGUGACAGCAGGCAGUAACCACACAGCUGUUCUCCUCAUGGAUGGGCAGGUCUUUACAUUUGGCAGCUUCUCGAAAGGACAGCUCGGCCGGCCCAUCCUGGACAUGCCCUACUGGAAUGCCAAGCCAUCUCCCAUGCCCAACAUUGGUGCCAAGUAUGGACGAAAGGCUACCUGGAUUGGUGCCAGCGGAGACCAGACAUUCCUUCGGAUCGAUGAAGCUCUUAUCAACUCUCAUGUCUUAGCUACUUCAGAGAUAUUUGCCAGCAAACACAUUAUUGGCCUUGUGCCCUCCUCUGCGUCUGAGCCGCCUCCAUUUAAAUGCUUGCUAAUCAACAAAAUGGAUGGAAGCUGCAGGACCUUCAAUGACUCUGAGCAGGAGGACCUGCAGGGAUUUGGCCUGUGUCUGGACCCUGUGUAUGAUGUCAUAUGGAGGUUCCUGCCAGCCGCAAAAGAGAUGUUGUGCUACAAUGCAGUAAUAGCUGAUGCCAGGAUGCCCUCUGCUACAGAUCUACAGGCUCGCUGUAGCAUCCUUAGUCCAGAGCUUGCGUUGCCCUCAGGAUCACAUGCUACCACUACUCGCUCUCACGGAGCCCUACACAUUCUUGGUUGCCUGGAUACACUGGCAGCCAUGCAAGAGCUGAAGAUGGGUGUAGCCAGUGCAGAGGAAGAAACCCAGGCAGUGAUGAAGGUCUACUCCAAGGAGGACUACAGUGUAGUGAACCGCUUUGAGAGUCACGGUGGUGGCUGGGGCUACUCAGCCCACUCUGUGGAGGCCAUCCGCUUCUGUGCUGAUGCAGACAUCCUGCUUGGUGGGCUGGGCCUUUUCGGGGGACGAGGGGAGUACACUGCCAAGAUCAAGCUUUUUGAGCUGGGACCUGACGGGGGUGACCAUGAGACAGACGGUGAUCUGCUGGCUGAGACCGACGUGCUGGCCUAUGACUGUGCUGCCAGGGAGAAAUAUGCCAUGAUGUUUGAUGAGCCGGUGCUGCUGCAGCUGGGCUGGUGGUAUGUGGCGUGGGCCCGAGUGUCUGGACCCAGCAGUGACUGUGGAUCCCAUGGACAGGCCACCAUUACUACUGAUGAUGGUGUGGUCUUUCAGUUCAAAAGCUCUAAGAAGUCAAACAACGGUACUGAUGUUAAUGCGGGUCAAAUACCUCAGCUGCUUUACAGGCUUCCUUCAAAUGAUGGCAAUGCUUCUAAAGGGAAACAGCAGACCAGUGAACCAGUUCAUAUCCUUAAACGCUCAUUCGCUCGUACCGUCUCAGUGGAGUGUUUUGAGUCUCUGCUAAGUGUGCUUCACUGGAGCUGGACCACCUUGGUUUUGGGUGUGGAGGAGCUGCGAGGGCUGAAGGGCUUCCAGUACACUGCCACCCUGCUGGACCUCGAGAGACUGCGCUUUGUUGGCACGUGCUGCCUCCGCUUGCUCAGGGUCUACAUCUGUGAGAUCUUCCCCAUUGCUGCCAGCACCAAAGCUGUGGUGGAGGAGUCGAGCAAGCUGGCAGAGUGCGUGGGAAAGACGCGCAGCCUGCUGAAGAAGAUCCUAUCAGAAGGCAUGGACAACUGCCUGACCAAGCUGGACAACGACCCCCAGGGCUACUUGUCUCAACCUUUGACCCUGCUGGAAGCUGUGCUGCAGGAGUGCCACAACACCUUCACUGCCUGCUUCCACUCUUUCUACCCAACCCCAGCUCUGCAGUGGGCCUGCCUCUGUGACCUGCUCAACUGCCUAGACCAGGUCAAUAAUGACAUUGCUGAGGCCAACUUUCGCACAUCCAGCAGCCGUCUGCUGGCGGCUGUAAUGUCAGCUCUGUGCAACACCUCAGUCAAGUUGACAUCCAUCCUCCCCAUUGCAUAUGACGGGGAAGUGCUGUUGCGUUCACUGGUCAAACAAGUCAGCACCGAGAAUGACUCUGCCCUUGCUCACCGCUUCCCCCUUCUGGUGGCCCACAUGGAGAAACUAAGCCAUACUGAGGAGAACCUGAUGGGCAUGACCAGUUUCCGGGAGGUACUAGAGAAGAUGCUGGUGAUUGUGGUGCUGCCAGUCAGAAAGAGUUUGAGGAAGGAGGUGGAGCUGUUCUCUCCACACCUGGUCUCCAACACCUGUGGUCUGCUGGCCUCCAUCGUCUCUGAGCUUACCGCCUCUGCCCUUGGCUCCGAGGUUGAUGGGCUGAACUCGCUCCACUCUGUGAAAGCAUCCCCUAACCGUUUCACCAAAACGAGCCAGGGCCGGAGUUGGAACACAGGCAAUGGCUCUCCGGAUGCGAUCUGUAUGACAGUGGACAAGCCAGGCGUUGUGCUGGUGGGUGUCUGCGUCUACGGAGGAGGGGGCAUCCAUGAGUAUGAACUAGAGGUGCUGGCUGAUGAUGCGCAGACGGAGCACCCAGGGGACUCGGCACAUUCUCACAGGUGGACGUCCCUGGAGCUGGUAAAGGGCACCUACAGCACUGAUGAUUCUCCCAGUGAUAUUGCAGAGAUUCGCUUGGACAAGGCUGUGCCACUCAAGGAGGGGGUAAAGUAUGCCGUCCGAUUGCGGAACUACGGCAGCCGGACAGCUAAUGGGGAUGGAGGUAUGACCACAGUGCAGUGCUCUGAUGGUAUGUCCUUCACCUUCAGCACCUGCAGCUUGAGUAGCAAUGGGACCAACCAGACUAGAGGACAGAUCCCACAGAUUCUCUACUACAGGAGUGAGUACGAUGGGGAUCUCCAGUCUCAGCUGCUGAGCAAAGCCAAUGAGGAGGACAAGAACUGUAGCAGAGCUCUAUCUGUGGUCAGCGCUGUGGUCAGAGCUGCAAAGGACCUGCUUCACAGAGCUUUUGCUGUCGAUGUGGAUGAUAUUCCUGAGCUACUAAGUUCCUCCAGCCUGUUCUCCAUGCUUCUGCCCCUUAUCCUGGCCUACAUCGGCCCUGUGGCUGCGUCUGUACCUAAGGCUGCUGUUGAGGUCUUUGGACUUGUGCAGGAGCUGUUACCUGCUGUCUCUGCCCUCAACCAAAAGUAUGCCCCACCCACCUUCAAUCCCAACCAGUCAACAGACAGCACUACUGGCAACCAACCUGAGCAGGGCCUGUCAGCUUGUACCACCUCAAACCACUACUCAGUAAUUGAGAGUGACCACCCUUACAAACAAGCUGGCGUCACACAAUACAGGGUAUCAUUCCCAGACUGUGUCCGCUGGACCACCAUCGAGUUUGAUCAACAGUGUGGCACUGCACAGCCAGAGGAUGUUCUACGCCUGCUCAUCCCCAGCCGUACCCUCCACCUGUCCAGCCUGGGGGGCAAACCUUUGAUCCAUGACACCAUCAACACCUGGACUGAGCUCAAGAAGUUUUCAGGUUCCACAGGCUGGCCAACCACGGUCCUAGUGCUGCCAGGAAAUGAAGUUCUCUUCUCACUGGAAACCGCCUCGGACUAUGUUAAAGACGAGAAAGCUUGUUUUUAUGGCUUCAAGUGUGUGGCUGUGGGAUAUGAAUUCAACCCUGGUCCUGAUGAGGGUAUCAUCCAGCUAGAGAAAGAGUUAGCCUUCCUGGGUAGUGUGUGUGCUGCAGCGCUGAUGAAGAAAGACCUGGCCCUCCCUAUAGGCAAUGAAUUGGAGGAGGAUCUUGAGAUUCUUGAGGAAGCCUCUCUUCAGGUGUGUAAGGCCCACUCAGGGAUCCUGGGGAAGGGCUUGGCCUUGUCUCACUCCCCCACCAUCCUGGAGGCCCUGGAGGGAAAUCUGCCCCUGCACCUCCAAACCAAUGAGCACUCUUUCCUUGAGGACUUCAUCACUUGUGUACAGACCUCAAGUGGAGGACGUCUGGCCAGGUGGCUGCAACCAGACUCCUAUGCAGACCCCCAGAAGACAUCUCUGAUCCUGAACAAAGAUGACAUACGCUGUGGAUGGCCGACUACCGUGGUCGUACAGACCAAAGACCAGUAUGGAGAUGUGGUGCACGUUCCUCACAUGAAGGUGGAGGUUAAGGCUGUACCUGUUUCCCAAAAGAAGUCGAUGCACCCUGAGAAUGUGAAGAGGCUACAGCGACUACCUGGAAGCUCCUCGCCUUCGUCUUCUGGCCCUGACCUAACCUUUGGAGGUUUGCCAAUGCCCAAGCUGGAGGCCACGUACGAGCCCAUGAUUGUGAAAGAGGCUCGAUACAUUGCUAUUACCAUGAUGAAGGCAUAUGAAAACUACUCAUUUGAAGAGCUGCGGUUUGCUUCCCCCACCCCAAAGAGACCCAGUGAGAACAUGCUGAUUCGUGCCAACACUGACGGAACCUACAGUGCCAACUGGACUCCAGGAGCAGUUGGCCUUUAUACAAUCCAUGUCACCAUUGAUGGCAUUGAAAUAGAUGCUGGUUUGGAGGUAGAAGUCAAAGACGCUCCCAAAGGCAUGAUACCACCUGGCACUCAGAUGGUCAAACCAAAGGCUGAACCUCAGCCUAGCAAGGUCCGCAAAUUUGUGUCCAAGGACAGCGCAGGCCUGCGUGUGCGUAGUCACCCCUCCCUGCAGAGUGAACAGAUAGGCAUAGUGCAUGUCAAUGGCACCAUCACUUUCAUUGACGAGAUCCACAAUGAUGAUGGUGUUUGGCUCAGGCUCAAUGAUGAAACAGUAAAGAAGUAUGUUUCCAGCAUGAAUGGGUACACUGAAGCCUGGUGCCUCUCUUUUAACCAGCACCUGGGUAGGAGCCUUCUGGUCCCAGCCGACGAGGUCAGGGGCCAAUCGGAGGAGAACGUAAAGGAGGUGAGCAGCUGCCCUUCCCAAGAGGCCCCCAUUCGGGUGCAGAACAGGGCAGGGCAGGGCGGCGGCCCGGGGCUUUAUAAGGUAGUGAAGACCGGCCCCUCUGGUCACAACAUCAGAAGCUGCCCAAACCUUAGGGGUAUCCCCAUUGGAAUGUUAGUUCUUGGCAACAAGGUCAAGGCCAUAGGCGAGGUGGUCAACUCAGAGGGGACCUGGGUACAGCUGGAUAAGAACAGUGUAGUGGAGUUCUGUGAGAGUGAUGAAGGAGAGGCCUGGUCAUUGGCCAGAGACCGUGGUGGAAAUCAGUACCUUCGCCACGAUGAAGAACAAGCACUGCUUGAGCACGGGGCCCAGACCCCACCACCCAGCCCCUUCUCUGUGCAGGCCUUCAACAGAGCCACAACUUCAAAUGGAGCACAGGGCUUUGACUAUGGCAUCUCCAACAACAAAGGUGACCGGUUGAGUGGCAUACUGAAUUCCAUUCAGUCUGGGCCCCUCCUCUCAGCAGCUCCCUCCUCCUCCGUAUUUGAGCAAGCCACGCAACCUCCUCCCUCCUCCUCCUCCUCCUCCUCCUCCUCCUCCUCCUCUCUUGUCCACAGCCCAUUUGUGUUUGGACAAUCCCCCUCCCAACUGUCUCAGCCACAACCACAGCUUCUGAGUGAGCGAGGGAACCUGAUGCCUGGUGCACGGCCCGUGUCCCCAGCCUCCAAACACCGUCAGGAGAAUCGCUCGCCCAAACAGGAGAGUCGGGGAAGCCGCUCAUUCGAACAGAACAGGAGCAAGACAGGGGAGGGUGGACUCUCAGCCAGCGAAGCCCUCAUCCUGCGGUCAGACACAGCAAAACUGAGGUCUGACUCUCACAGCCGCUCCCACUCGCCCAAUCACAACACUCUGCAGGCCCUAAAGGCUGAUGGUAGAACCCCGGGACUUCGGGCGGAGUCCCCAAACCCUGGCUCUCGCUCCUCCUCUCCAAAACAAAAAGGCGUAUCCUCUUCAGGCCGGUCUAGUCCCUCCAGCACCUCGUCUCAGCACUCCUCUUCUGCCCACCAUGACAAGAACCUUCCACCUAAAGUUAGCCCUUCCUCCAAAGCCCAGUUGGACCCCCCCAGAGAGAGGUCCAAAUCCGAUUCAUACACUCUGGACCCAGACACACUUAGAAAGAAGAAGGUUCCCCUUACAGAGCCACUUAGAGGCAGGUCUACCUCUCCCAAACCUAAACUGUCUCCUAAAGAUCCAAAUCAAGGAGUGAUCAGUAAUGCAGAGAACCGUGUUCCUUCUCCACAUGUGACCCAGGAGAACCUCCACAGUGAAGUGGUGGAGGUGUGCACCUCUAGUGCUCUCCUGUCCGAGGAUGGCAAUGAUGAGAACGCGGAGGCUCAUAAUGCUGAAGACGGAUCAUGCAAGGUGCACUUUAGCAUUGGCAAAGCCCCUGUCAAAGAGGAACUAGAGAGCCGCGCUUCACCCAAAGUCAGUCGCAAAAGCUCCAGUCGACACACGCGCCCUAAGAAGGACAAAUCAGGGCCUCUGUUUAAAGGUGAGAGUAUAUCAAGGGCCACAGAGCCUGCCAAACAGGCCAUGUCACCUUCUGUGGCUGAAUGUGCACGAGCAGUCUUCGCAGCAUUCCUGUGGCAUGAAGGUAUUGUCCACGACGCCAUGGCCUGCUCCUCCUUCCUCAAGUUCAACCCAGAUUUAACCAAAGAGCACGCCCCCAUCCGCAGCUCCCUGGGAGGACAGGGUGCUGAGGAGAAGGAGAGCAAGUUAAAGAACCGCCACUCCUUGGAGAUUUCCUCUGCACUGAACAUGUUUAAUAUUGCUCCACAUGGCCCGGACAUCUCUAAAAUGGGAAGCAUCAACAAAAAUAAGGUGCUGUCCAUGCUGAAAGAGCCUCCACUGCCAGAGAAGUGUGAGGAGGGGAAAGGAGAGGCCACUUCCUAUGAGAUGACUUCUCAUCCCACUAUGAGGGCAAAGUCAAUCUUACCAUUAACGUUACAACAUCUGGUGGCAUUCUGGGAGGACAUUUCUAUGGCCACCAUUAAGGCAGCCACUCAGAACAUGAUCUUCCCCAGCCCGGGGUCCAGUGCCAUCCUGAAAAGGAAGGAACAUGAGAAAGAUGGUAAAAAGGCAAAGAAGGAGAAGAAGAAGAGGGAAAAGGCAGAUGUGCGUCCAAGAGGGAAUCUGUUUGGAGAGAUGGCACAGCUCGCCAUGGGUGGACCGGAGAAAGACACCAUCUGUGAGCUGUGCGGGGAAUCUCACCCUUACCCUGUCACCUACCAUAUGAGACAGGCUCACCCAGGUUGUGGCCGCUAUGCAGGAGGCCAAGGCUACAACAGCAUUGGCCACUUCUGUGGUGGUUGGGCUGGAAACUGUGGAGAUGGAGGCAUAGGAGGCAGCACCUGGUACCUGGUGUGUGAUCGCUGUCGGGAAAAAUACCUGAGAGAGAAACAGACUGCCGCCAGAGAAAAGGUGAAACAAUCCAGGAAGAAACCCCUGCAGGUGAAGACUCCAAGGGCGCUGCCCACUAUGGAGGCCCACCAGGUGAUUCGGGCAAACGCUUUGUUCCUGCUGUCUCUCAGCAGUGCUGCCGAGCCCAGCAUGCUUUGCCACCACCCUCCCCGGCCCCUGCACUCCCAGCUGCUUCCCAGCCUCAAGGAGGGCGUGUCCGACGAACUCCCCAAUAAAAUUGGCUGCCUCUACCUUCAGACACUAGCUAGGCAACACACUGAGAACUUUGGGUCCUACCAAGACGAUAACCUUUUCCAAGAUGAGAUGAGGUAUUUGCGCUCAACAUCUGUUCCUGCACCUUACAUUUCAGUCACCCCUGAUGCCUGUCCCAAUGUGUUUGAGGAACCAGAGAACAACAUGAAGUCAAUGCCCCCCAGUCUUGAGACCAGUCCAAUCACAGACAGCGAUACGGCUAAGCGUACAGUGUUUCAGAGGUCUUACUCAGUCGUAGCAUCCGAGUAUGACAAGCAACACUCACCUUCUCCAGCCCGGGUCAAAGCCGUGCCCCGACGCAGGGUCCAUAGUGGUGAUGCAGAGGUGGGAUCUUCCCUGUUACGGCACCCGUCUCCUGAGCUAUCCAGGCUAAUCUCGGCCCAUGGCUGCCUCAGUAAGGGGGAGAGGAACUUCCAGUGGCCAGUUCUGGCUUUUGUUAUUCAGCACCAUGACCUGGAGGGCCUGGAAGUGGCCAUGAGGCAUGCACUGAGAAAGUCUGCCUGCAGGGUGUUUGCCAUGGAGGCAUUCAACUGGCUGCUGUGCAAUGUGAUCCAAACCACCUCCCUGCACGACAUCCUUUGGCAUUUUGUAGCAUCUCUCACCCCAUCACCCUUUGAACCUGAAGAUGAGGAAGAUGAUGAGAACAAGGGGAACAAAGAAAACAUAGAACAGGAGAGAGACCUUGGCGUCUGUGAACACCCUCUGUCAGACAUUGUUAUUGCUGGGGAGGCAGCUCAUCCUCUUCCCCACACCUUCCACCGCCUCCUUCAGACCAUCUCUGACCUCAUGAUGUCACUUCCUAGUGGCAGCUCACUUCAGCAGAUGGCGCUUAGGUGCUGGAGUCUCAAGUUCAAGCAGUCUGACCAUCAGUUCCUCCACCAGAGCAACGUUUUCCAUCACAUCAACAAUAUUUUGUCCAAGUCAGAUGAUGGAGACAGCGAGGAGAGCUUCAACAUCAGCGUGCAGUCAGGCUAUGAAGCAAUGAGCCAGGAUCUCUGCCUGGUGACCUGUCUGAAGGAUCUGACUAGUGUAGUAGACAUCAAGACGUCCAGUCGUCCUGCCAUGAUUGGGAGCCUAACAGAUGGCUCCACAGAGACCUUCUGGGAAUCUGGAGAUGAGGACAAGAACAAAACCAAGAGCAUCAGCAUCAGUUGUGUGAAAGGCAUAAACGCCACCAAUGUGACUGUUCAUGUGGACAACUCCAGAGACAUCGGGAACAAAGUCACAUCAGUUACAUUCCUAUGUGGGAAAGCAAUAGAGGACCUCUGCAGAAUCAAACAGGUUGACCUUGACUCGCGUCACAUGGGCUGGGUGACAAGUGAGCUUCCUGGAGGGGAUCAUCAUGUGAUCAAGGUGGAACUGAAAGGUCCGGAGAACACACUGAGGGUGCGCCAGGUGAAGGUUCUCGGUUGGAAAGAGGGCGAGAGCAUCAAGAUUUUAGGACAGAUCUCCGCAAGCAUGGCCCAGCAAAAGAACUGUGAGGCUGAGACUCUCCGAGUUUUUCGCCUCAUCACCUCACAGGUCUUUGGAAAACUUAUCUGUGGAGAUGCAGAGCCCACUCCAGAGCAAGAGGAGAAAAACCUUCUUUCAUCACCCGAGGGAGAAGACAAGGUAACAUCUGAUGCAGACCUUAAAGAGCACAUGGUGGGAAUCAUUUUCAGCAGGAGCAAACUUACCAACCUCCAGAAACAGGUGUGUGCGCACAUUGUCCAGGCCAUCCGUAUGGAGGCCACGCGUGUAAGGGAGGAGUGGGAGCAUGCCAUCUCCAGCAAAGAGAAUGCAAACUCUCAGCCCAGUGACGAUGACGCUUCCUCAGACGCCUACUGCUUUGAGCUCCUGUCCAUGGUCCUGGCUCUGAGUGGCUCCAACGUUGGCCGCCAGUAUCUAGCUCAGCAACUAACACUCAUGCAAGACCUCUUUUCUCUGCUUCACACGGCUUCCCCAAGAGUACAGAGACAGGUCACAUCAUUGCUUAGACGCGUCCUUCCCGAGGUUACGCCAGUGCGACUUGCCAGCAUCAUUGGGGUGAAGGCUCUGCCACCAGCGGACAUCAGUGACAUCAUCCACUCCACAGAAAAGGGUGACUGGAACAAGCUCUGCAUCCUCGACAUGUUCCUGGGCUGCAUCGCAAAAGCCCUCACUGUGCAGCUGAAAGCCAAAGGCACCACCAUCUCUGGCACAGCCGGCAUGGCUGCAGGCAAAGGAGUCACCACUGUCACGCUGCCUAUGAUCUUCAACUCCAGCUACAUCCGCAGAGGGGAGAGCCACUGGUGGAUGAAAGGCUCAACUCCUCCCCAGAUAGCAGAGAUCAUCAUAAAGCUGGUUAAAGACAUGGCAGCUGGUCACCUUUCAGAUGGUUGGUCCAGAGUCACCAAAAAUGCAAUUGCUGAGACCAUCAUAGCCCUGACCAAAAUGGAGGAGGAGCAUCGGUCUCCUGUACGCUGUAUCGCCACCACAAGGUUGUGGCUGGCCUUAGCUUCUCUGUGUGUGCUGGACCAGGACCAUGUCGACAGGCUGUCCUCUGGUCGCUGGAUGGGCAAAGAUGGACAGCAGAAGCAGAUGCCCAUGUGUGACAAUCAUGAUGACGGUGAGACAGCAGCCAUCAUCCUGUGUAACGUGUGCGGCAACCUCUGCACCGACUGUGACCGCUUCCUCCACCUGCACCGACGCACGCGCUCUCAUCAGAGACAGGUGUUCAAGGAGGAAGAGGAGGCCAUAAAAGUGGAUCUUCAUGAAGGCUGUGGGAGGACCAAGCUCUUCUGGCUCAUGGCUCUGGCCGACUCCAAGACUAUGAAGGCUAUGGUGGAGUUCAGAGAGCACACAGGUAAACCAGCUUCCAGCAGCUCAGAUGCCUGCAGGUUCUGUGGUACGAGGAAUGGCACCGAGCUUUCUGCAGUGGGCAGUGUCUGCUCAGACCCAGACUGCCAGGAGUACGCUAAACUGGCCUGCAGUAAAACUCAUCCUUGUGGACACCCCUGUGGAGGAGUCAAGAAUGAGGAAGCCUGCCUUCCCUGUCUGCAUGGCUGUGACAAGAACACUGGCUGUCUGAAACAGGAUGCAGACGACAUGUGUAUGAUCUGCUUCACAGAGGCCCUCUCUGCUGCUCCUGCAGUACAGCUGGACUGCACUCACGUGUUCCACCUUCAGUGUACUCGUCGUGUUCUGGAAAAUCGCUGGCUCGGACCCCGAAUCACGUUUGGGUUCAUGUUGUGUCCCAUCUGCAAGAACAAAAUCAAUCACUUGGUGAUCAAGGACCUGCUGGACCCCAUUAAGGAGCUCUAUGAGGACGUGAGGAGAAAGGCUCUGAUGAGGCUGGAGUAUGAGGGUCUACAUAAGAGCGAGGCUAUAACGACACCAGGAGCACGUUUCCACAACGACCCUGCAGGCUUUGCCAUGAACAGAUACGCAUACUAUGUCUGCUACAAGUGCAAGAAGGCGUAUUUUGGUGGAGAGGCUCGCUGCGAUGCGGAGGCCGGACAGGGAGAUGACUAUGAUCCCAGUGAGCUGAUCUGUGGAGCAUGCUCAGAUGUCUCCCGGGCUCAGAUGUGCUCCAAGCAUGGCACAGACUUUCUGGAGUAUAAAUGCCGGUACUGCUGCUCGGUGGCCGUUUUCUUCUGCUUUGGCACCACCCACUUCUGCAACGCCUGCCAUGAUGACUUCCAGAGGAUGACCAGUGUCCCCAAGGAAGAACUGCCCCAUUGUCCUGCAGGUCCCAAAGGCAAGCAGUUGGAAGGUACUGAGUGCCCUUUGCAUGUGGUUCACCCACCAACGGGGGAGGAGUUCGCCCUGGGCUGUGGGGUGUGCAGAAAUGCUCACACCUUCUAAACAAGACUAUUACUAAAAACCAGUUUGUCUACUGUGAUUUCUGGCUGCUGCUGAAGCUCAGCCGUGAAGCUUGGCUCUUGCAUUGUGAAGUCUCCUGGACAUUGGACCAGGUUUCUGCUCUACACCAAGAGUCCUCAGGUCUGCUCUUCUACUAACAUCAGUAUCCGGGCUCUGCUACAACACAAGCUAGGGGCUCCUUCAGAUUCUGAGUAACCUGAAUGAAAAAAAAAGAACAAUAGAAUUUUAAAAAAGAAGAAAAAAAGAAAUAUCUUGUGACGUGUUUGCAUGCGGCCGUUGUAUUCCCUCGGCUUCUAUAGACGUUGCACACCUCCUGAUCACUGAAGUGGAACAAUACAAGAUUAAACAUUGAAUAUGAAAUAAAUUUGCUUAAAGGAAACUGUGGAUCAGCGUGGGUUAAAAAAAAAAAGGAACAGGCCGUAUUUCCAGCUUCCUAACUAUAAAUUUAAAAUAUUGUUGUAUGUAAACUUUUUUCGUAAUCUUGUACAGUAUUCUCCACUGUCAAGUGCAUCAUGGGUUGACGGACAAAAAAAGAAGGUGGAUAAGACUGUUAAGAAUAUUAUGUUUGGGAGGAAAAUAGUGUACGAUUUAUCUAAUCUUGUAUAUAAUGAUACUAUUCAAAAUAGCUGUAUUCCGAAGUUGCUACUCUUCACUUCAGUUUUGUUUGAUAUUCUGGGUUAUGUUUUGAGCCAGAACUUUUAAUGAAGUGCAAUACUGGGUGUGCCUCCUAUUUUGCAGCUGUUUAACCUAUGGAAUGUAUGUCAAUAAAGCCACUGUACAUUUUUAUACAGUAGACAGUCGUAAAUCCCCCUCUUGUAAAUGUCAGAUCUCUUCUGUUGUCUGGAAAUGAGAAGAAGAAGCUGGCGCCUGCAGUGAAUGAUGGUGGAUAUAAAUCCUAUUUGCAGCUCUGUCAACAAAAAAGUACCAAAAUCCUACAGAAAUACAAAAACAAACAAAACACCUCACAGAGAGACCGAUUACAGCUGAAUGAUUUGAGGAGCCAGUCUUCACACCAAAUAAAAUUGUGCACCUGUAAUGCUUUUCCCUAGUAGGAGGCAGGGGGAUCGGGGGUCAGGGGAACAGAGUGUGGGAAAAAAAGCUGCUGUUAUAUAAAAAAGCUUAAUACUUGUGAAUCUGCUCUGUAAUAUCUGUGGUGGAUGGAGUUGAAUGGUAAUAAACCAGGUUCUCUGUUUCGCAAAGUAUAUACUGUGUCAUUAAUGAGUGGUGACAUUUCCAUUAAAUGACCUACAGUCAC